CGGCGCCGCGGCGGAGGUCUCCGUGGCGCCCGUGCCCGCCAGCCGGUGCCGCCGGCGUCCCGAGUUCGGAGCCCCGCGCGGAGCCUGCGGCCCGGGACUGCCAUGGCUGCCCCCAGCCACACGGCCGCGCCGGCGGAAGAAAAGAACCUAGAGAUGAGAGUGAUUCGCGUGGGUACCCGCAAGAGCCAGCUGGCGCGCAUACAGACGGACAGUGUGGUGGCAAUGCUGAAAACCUUAAACCCGGGCCUGCAGUUUGAAAUCAUUGCUAUGUCCACCACAGGGGACAAGAUUCUUGAUACCGCACUCUCUAAGAUUGGAGAGAAGAGCCUGUUUACCAAGGAGCUGGAGCACGCACUGGAGAGGAAUGAAGUGGACCUGGUCGUGCACUCCCUGAAGGACCUGCCCACCGUGCUUCCUCCAGGCUUCACCAUCGGCGCGGUCUGCAAGCGAGAGAACCCCUAUGAUGCUGUUGUCUUUCACCCAAAAUUUGUUGGGAAGACCCUAGAGACCUUGCCAGAGAAGAGUGUGGUGGGAACCAGCUCCCUGCGGAGGGCGGCCCAGCUGCAGAGGAAGUUCCCACACCUGCAGUUCAAGAGCAUCCGGGGAAACCUCAACACCAGGCUUCAGAAGCUGGAUGAGCUGCAGGAGUUCAGUGCCAUCAUCUUGGCGGCAGCGGGCCUGCAACGCAUGGGCUGGCAGAACCGCGUGGGGCAGAUCCUGCACCCCGAAGAUUGCAUGUAUGCUGUGGGUCAGGGGGCCCUGGGCGUGGAAGUGCGAGCCAAGGACCAGGACAUGUUGGACCUGGUGGGCAUGUUGCACGAUCCUGAGACCCUGCUUUGCUGCAUUGCCGAGCGAGCCUUCUUAAGGCACCUGGAAGGAGGCUGCAGUGUUCCCGUAGCAGUGCACACGGCUAUCAAGGAUGGGCAGCUGUACCUGACUGGAGGAGUCUGGAGUCUGGAUGGCUCGGAGAGCAUGCAAGAGACCAUGCAGGCCACCAUCGCCGUCCCUGCCCAGCAUGAAGAUGGCCCUGAAGAUGACCCACAGUUGGUGGGCAUCACUGCCCAGAACAUUCCACGGGUAGCCCAGCUGGCUGCUGAGAACCUGGGCACCAGCCUGGCCAACUUGUUGCUGAACAAAGGAGCCAAGAGCAUCUUGGACGUUGCACGGCAGCUUAAUGAUGCCCACUGACUGACUGGUCUGGGGUGGGCUGCUGCUGCCCAGUGCCCACACCCAGGGGCUCGGGCUCCUGAGCCGCAGGACCAGACCUGCAGGGAAGGCGAGCCUGCGCGGCAGCUGGGGCGUCAUCUCCUCAGGGCCUGAGCCUUUGAAAUGUAACCAAGUCUGCUAAUAAACCAGCUCUGACGG